AUGCUCAUUUACCUCAAUAUUGGCAACUUGGGGGGCCAGGGCGGCGGGGGAUGGCAGAUAGGACCGCUCAUAACCCUUCUGCCCAUUCUAUUGACCUAUGGGUUCCCCCUGCUGCAGUCCCUGCUGUCGAUGCUGUUUGGAUUCGGCAGCAGCAACGUGUUUGUGUACGAUGGCAGCAGCGGCGGCAGCGGCGGCGUAAGCAGCCCCAGCAGCGUCGGCAGCGGCGGGAGGAGCAGCAGUAGCAGCAGCAGCAGCAGCGACGAGGGUGCCGAUACGUCCCUCGUGUCCUCAACGCUGGUGGCCUUCACCUCCAUGGUCGUCAGUGCCACACUCACCGUGCUGCUGAUGAGGCUGGUCGUGGCGGGCCGGAGGAAUGGCUUUGGCGUCACGCUGCGGCGCAUGUUCCUCGAGGGCUUUGGCGGCGGCUGGGGGCAGGCGGCGGGCCGGGGUGGUGCGCAGCACGGCGGUCGCCCUGCUCCUCGCACCCGCUCGCAGCGCAUUGAGCACGUGGCAAAGCUGAUGCAGGGGCUGCCCGUGGAAUCGUACCGCAGCAGGGAGGAGCUGGAGCGCAUGUCGGUGGCGGAGCUGAAGCAGCUGCUCAAGAAGCGCGGCGUGGCGUGCGAGCACUGCCUGGAGAAGCGGGAGCUGGUUGAGCGCGGGGCGGAGGGCGGCAACAGCAGCGCCGCCUCCUGCUCCAUCUGCUGCGAGGAUUACGAGUCGGGCGACGUGCUGCGCGUGCUGCCCUGCGGGCACCGCUACCACUUGGAGUGUGUGGACAAAUGGUUCCUGGCAUCAACAGACUACAGCCGGCCGCCGGCGUGCCCGUUGUGUUCGGCGCCGCUCGACGGCACUGGCAGCAGCAGCAGCAGCUGA